GGGUCCUGCGAGCGGUGGUGGAAGCGGCGAGCUCCGGAGCGUCGGUCCUGUGCCUGUGUGAGAAGGGAGAUGCCAUGAUCAUGGAGGAGACGGGCAAGAUCUUCAAGAAGGAGAAAGAAAUGAAAAAAGGUAUUGCCUUCCCAACGAGUAUAUCAGUCAACAACUGUGUCUGUCACUUCUCCCCACUGAAGAGUGACCAGGAUUACAUCCUGAAGGACGGGGACUUGGUCAAGAUUGACCUGGGUGUCCACGUCGACGGCUUCAUAGCGAAUGUAGCACACAGCUUUGUCAUAGACGCCUCCAAGGAGAACCCUGUGUCAGGCCGUAAAGCCGACGUCAUCAAGGCAGCUCAUCUCUGCGCCGAGGCCGCCCUGCGCUUGGUGAAGCCAGGAAACCAGGUGGGGGAGCAGCAGAUCUGGGGGCAGG